AGUGCAACACCUGCUGCCGCCGCCGCCGCCGGGCCGCGAUGAGCCGCGUGGUCUCGCUGCUGCUGGGCGCCGCUCUGCUCUGCGGCCACGGAGCCUUCUGUCGCCGGGUGGUCAGCGGCCAAAAGGUGUGUUUUGCCGACUACCAGCACCCCUGCUACAAACUGGCCUAUUUCCAGGAACUGUCCAGCCGAGUGAGCUUCCAGGAGGCGCGCCUGGCUUGUGAGAGUGAGGGGGGAGCCCUGCUCAGCCUGGAGAACGCAGCAGAACAGAAGUUGAUAGAAAGCAUGUUGCAAAACCUGACAAAACCAGGCACAGGGAUUUCUGAUGGCGAUUUCUGGAUAGGCCUCUGGAGGAGUGGCGAGGGACAAGCGUCUGGUGCCUGCCCAGACCUCUACCGCUGGUCCGAUGGCAGCGGCUCCCAGUACCGAAACUGGUAUGCGGAUGAACCUUCCUGUGGAAGUGAAAAGUGCGUUGUGAUGUAUCAUCAACCUACGGCCAAUCCUGGCCUUGGAGGCCCCUACCUUUACCAGUGGAAUGACGACAGGUGCAACAUGAAGCACAAUUACAUCUGCAAGUAUGAACCAGAGAUCAAGCCAACAACUCCUGGAGAGAAGACUUACUUUACAAAUCAACCAGAAGACACCCAUCAAAAUGUGGUUGUUACUGAAGCAGGCAUAAUUCCCAAUCUCAUUUAUGUUGUCAUACCAACAAUACCACUGCUCUUAUUGAUACUGGUUGCUUUUGGAACCUGCUGUUUCCAGAUGCUGCAUAAAAGUAAAGGAAGGACAAAAACUAGCCCAAACCAAUCCACACUGUGGAUUUCAAAAAGCACGAGAAAAGAAAGUGGCAUGGAAGUGUAAAAACUCAUUGACUGGCUCCAGAAAAGAAAACAGAGGUUUGUAUAAGGAAUGGUAUCAGAACCUUAGCUUGGAAUGGCUUGAAAUCUCAGAGGAUCUGCAAGAUGAACUGUAAGCUCCCUCUUGAGGCAAAUAUUAAAAUGAGUUUUCUAUGUUUAUUUCAUUUACAAAAUACGCUGUGCUAAUAAUGGAGUGAGACAUGCUUAUUUUGCGAAAUGAUGCACCCAAACUUCAAGUAAGUGGAAUGGGCCAUGCGGAUAAACUUGCUGUCAACACAUCGGCAGUAUGUGUGUCAGAAGCAGUUAUUUUUGUUCCUUUUACCUUUCAUAAGUUGUAAUCUAGUUACUGUAAUGUAAAUUGUAUUGAAAUUUACGGUGUGCAAAUAUAUUUUACCUUUACGUAAGUGUUUGAUAAAAAUGGACUGUUCUAAUA